AUGUAGAAUACCAGCAAUACAAAAUUGUAAAAAAAGUCUAUUAGUAAAUGUUUAGAAUGUGAGAAAUUUUAUGAAUUUAAAAUUAAUAAAUUCAUAUGUAUUCCCAUAUGUAAUGAUGGAGUUAUAAUAAAAUAAGAACUAUGUGAUGAUUAGAACAAUACAUAUUUUGAUGGAUGCUAUAAAUGCUAAUAAAGUUGUUAAUUAGAAUGCUUAAAUUUUAUUGUAUUGGAAAUGAAUGUUAUGAGUGUCCUGAUGGUUGGCAACUCUUUGAUUAUCGUUGCUAUCAAUAUUGUUGAGAUGGGAAAGUAGCUCAAUAGAUGGAGCAAUGUGAAACCGAUAUGUGGAGAUGAACAUAUUGUAAUUGGAUUGGAAGAAUGUGAAGAUCGAAAUAACAUUCCUUACGAUGGUUGUUUUAAUUGCAUGUUUUUGUGUGAAAAUGAAUUUUAAACCUGUAUUUAAGGAUUUUGUGUAGAAUGCAUUGAAGGAUAUAUGAUUCUCAAAGAUUAUUGCAAUGUUAAUAAUUAAACUCAUAUUAUUGAAGAUGAAGAAGAUUUAAAAAUAGUGUAAAACAAAUGUGGAGAUGCUAUUUAUACUAAAAAUGAAGAAUGUGAUGGAAAUGAAUUUAAUGGUGAUGGUUGUUCAAGUGUAUGUUAGAUUGAACCAAAUUGGUUUUGUAAUAACUCACUAAAUAAACCAAGUGUUUGUACGCCUAAUACUUUUUUAAAAUUGGAAUAUCUAAAUCAAACUUAAUAAACUCAAUACAUUUAAUUAUCAUUUACUAAUAAAGUUAAAGAAAAUGAAACUAAUAGCAAUUUUACUAAUUCAAUUAAAUCUUCUAUUCCCUCUAUUUAAGAAGAAAUAUAUACCAUUACUAUAAUUCCUGUAUGCUUCAUUUACAAUAUUUAUUAUAGUUACAAUUGA